AUGGGUGCGAGUGACUCGAAGCUCGUUUUCAAACGGGGCAUUUUUCGCUUAUCAGAAGAACGACAUAUCCCAGCGGAUGAUGCGUACUGGACCUCUUUUUGGGAACUUCCUGAAUCUUCUGAGGAUGUCUUCAGUUUAUUCACACCUGCCGACAUUCGAAGAACUCGCGACCGAGCACUCGAGAACCUAGAAACCCUCAUCCUCGCCAUCACUUCUCGUCUAUUCAUACUACGUCAUCACCCAUCAUUCCCUGAUCCUGAACUUGCUCCAGAACGCGAGGCCUUGAACUGUGUCCGAGUGCUCACACGUAUUUUGCCUUAUUUAUACGAAAAAGAAUCCCUCAGUGACUGGGAGCAACAAUUUUUCUGGGCUCAACGAAGAAAACGCACUCGGCAUGGAGCUAUCGCCAACGAGAUCCUCUUUGACGAAGCUCAAGAGGCUGAACGCAAGACACAAACUGCCGAGUUCGAGGAGGUAAAACCACUCGCCGAAGAGUUGGUAGACACGCUGGUCGAUCUGCUAUUCUUUUCUGAUCUUACAUUACCUCGACAACCCAAUGGCCGACCGAAGGUCAGCUAUGCGAUUUGGCAGAGUGGAGUGGGUUGCAACACGGCUGUUGCAACGACAAAAGAAUAUGAGAGCAAUCGAUCGGAGAUUCUGCGGCUCCUCUUGACGCUUUCUGGCCAGAGCAUGUAUAUGACUGCUGGUGUCCUACCACAGAACGGCACGUUAAAAUACAACCCUGCUACUUGGCGCGUACCUUAUAACACCCUUGUAUUCAAGGAUGGCAAGCAGAUGCUUGUGACAUACUCACUACAGUUCCUCUUGGUGCUCUUAUUGUACCCUAUUCCUGAGAGCCCAUCCAACCCAUCACCUAAACACUCUUAUCGUCAUUUUCUAGGCCGACUCCAUCGGCCCCAAGAUUUUCAAUUUAUCGUUGACGGAAUGACUCGAAUUCUAAACCAACCCCUUCAAGAGAAGACUUCAUAUCUUCCAGGUUCUCAGUCAUCUGGCCACUUUGCUCCUGAGAUACUAAUGCUAUUCUGGGAGAUCCUUCAAUGCAACAAGAGAUUCCGGUCUUUUAUUGUGGAUACCGAAAGAGCGCAUGAUUUUGUUGUACUAGCCCUGUUCUAUGCUCUUGAGUAUAAAAAUGAUGCUACUAAGCAAGGAGUUGUGCGCAUGUGCGCAUUCUUGCUCCAGACUCUAAGCGUGGAAACUAACUUUGGCGUCAACUUGAACAAGUACUUCGAGGGGCAGGAGAGUCUACCAGUUUCUAUUCGUGUACCGGGAUUCCGAGGGACCUAUGCGGACUUUCUUAUCCACUCAAUCUACAAUCUGAUCACGACAAGUCAAGGGAAGCUGUCGGCGAUAUACCCAGCUCUGUUGGCGGUGAUUAAUAACAUCGCACCUUAUCUUGAGGGGUUGAGUAGCACUAGCAGCUCAAAGCUGAUGCAGCUGUUCUCUUCCAUGUCCUCACCUUCGUUUCUACUUGCGAAUGAGACCAACCACGCUCUUCUCCACUCGCUGCUGGAAUCGAUUAGCUCAAUCCUCGAGAAUAAAUACCAAAAGAACCCUGAGCUGGUUUUUGCUAUCCUCAAAAACAAAAAGAGGGUUGAAGCCUUGCGCUCAUUCACACUGGAGAGUGGUCAAGAGGAAAUUGAGAGAAGAAACAGAAGAAGAAAGGAUUCUGGACACCAUAUUGAUCCAUUCGACGCUGCAUCUGUGCGCAGCUCAGUUGACAGCCUGAGGAGUCCAAAUAGCGCUCAGCCACGCCACUCGUCAUUAGAAGAAGUCCCCGAAGACGGUGCCUUCGCGAUUGGAGACGACGACGACGAUGAUGACGACAGUGACGAUGAGGAACGCCAAGAGACUCCUGCACGGUCAACGUCAAGUGAAGCCCCAUCCCGGAGGUCAUCGACCCCCAACGUUGAGGAUGCCGUCCCAACUCAAUUGCGAGGAAUGUCCGAGAAGGCUCGUGGUAAGAUGCCAGCCGGUGUUCCAACCUUCUCGCGACAAAACAGCACCACAAGCCUAGGCGGACGCUCAAUAUCAGGACAAUCGCAGGCAGGGGUAUUUGAGCCUACGGCCCACUGGAUCGACAGUUGGCUGCUCGAACUGCCUCUCCAUACAAUCCUUGCAGUCAUCCAACAGGUGUCUGCCCUCUUGCCGCGACAAGAAUUGGCAGCCGAUGUACCAACACCAGAAACACUACGACGAAUUUCAGGUAUCCAGGUUGUUGGCAUUGACCCCUCGGCUCCCCGUGUACAUUCAUUUGAAUGGUCCCAACUCGCGUUGGGCUGGUAUGAGUCUCUGUUAUGGGGAGUUAUCUUCACAAACGAGAUGCAGGUUUCCAGAGGAACCAUGGGCAUAUGGAACGGGACUGCUAUCAAGCUUUUCAGGGUCCAAGAAACAGCCCCAGAGGGUCCAACAUUGACCUCGCCUAGAGGGGCCGUUGACGCUGUUGGCAGCAACAUUGUGUCACGGAUAGGGCAGAUCAACCUCCGGGGCGGGCCGCAGGGAAACAGCCAACCGCCACAGCGAAACAAUUAA